GUUGGGAAAAUUCGAAGUCGACUUUCCGCCAUCUUUCUUUACAUAGCAAGUUAUCAGGACAAAACAAUAACCAUUUCCAAAUGAUCAUUUAAGCAUAAAUAGACCUGCUUAAACACUUUCAUUUGGUCAGAUGUUAUAGAUAACGCCUUCGUGAAGGAGCAGGUUUGACGGACUUCUAUAUAUUGUGCACAGCCGCUAAGACCCAGCAGUUUAAAAGCGCUCGACUUGUGGAGGAGGACAACAUGGGCCGCUCCCGGAGCCGCAGCUCGUCCCGGUCCAAACACUCCAAAAGCAGCAAGCACAGCAAGAAACGGAGCCGGUCUCGGUCGCGGUCCAGAGACAAGGAGAGGUCAAAGAAACGCUCCAAGUCCCGGGAAUCUAAACGGAACCGGCGCAGAGAGUCUCGUUCACGGUCUCGAUCCACCACAACUUCGUCCCGCAGAGAAAGAGUAGCCUCGCCGCCGGAGCGCAUCGACAUCUUCGGCCGGACACUGAGCAAGAGAAAUGCCCUAGACGAGAAGCAGAGGAAGGAAGAGGAAGAACGAAAGGCAGAAAUGGAAAGACAAAGGAAGAUUCGGCAGCAGGAGAUAGAGGAGAAGCUGAUUGAAGAGGAAACGGCACGGCGAGUGGAGGAGCUGGUGGCCAAGCGGGUUGAGGAGGAGCUGGAGAAGAGGAAGGACGAGAUCGAAAGGGAGGUUCUUCGACGUGUUGAGGAAGCAAAGCGCAUCAUGGAGCGGCAGCUUCUAGAGGAGCUAGAAAGGCAGCGGCAGGCCGAGUUGUCAGCGCAGAAGGCCAGAGAGGAACAUCUGUUACUCACUGGGGAACAGGCCCUCAAGCUUUUGCAUGGGGAAGCUAGAAGUACUGGAUUUUUGGUUUCAAAGAGCGGGGGUCAUGCUUCAUACUUAAAGAAGGAGGAAGAAAAAUCUAAGCGGGAGGAGCUGGAAAAAAUCCUGGAAGAGAAUAACCGCAAGAUCGCAGAUGCUCAGGCCAAACUGGCUGAGGAGCAGUUGCGUAUUGUAGAGGAACAGAGAAAGAUUCACGAGGAGCGCAUGAAGCUGGAGCAGGACCGUCAGAAGCAGCAGAAGGAGGAGCAGAAAAUAAUCCUGGGCAAGGGCAAGUCCAGGCCCAAGCUCUCCUUCUCCCUCAAGGCCACUGAAUGAAACUGCUCCCCCGCUGUCCACAUGUCAUGCCCUGCCUUCACUCCCAUCCAGCUCUCCUUCAUCAUUUGACCCCACUCCUCCUCUGUGGAACGCUCGCUUCGUUUUGGAAGUGCUGAAGAAAGGCCGAGGAAAGGGGUUCAAACCAUUGUAUUAAAUUGCUUGUCCCAAUGAAGGCCCUUGUCCCUCUCUGGCCUUGAAGAGGAGUGCUUCCUCCACCCUUCUCAUCCCUACGGCGCAGAUGACUUGUUUGCUUUUUUCCCCAGUUUAUUUUCAUAUUUAGGGAACUUGAACUUUUGAUGUAGAAUGCUAAAACACAUCCCUUGCCCUGCAAGUCUUAAUUUUGGUGUAACAGUGAACAACUCUGCACCUGUACUCUUCUUACAUGUCAGCAAACUACAAUAGAAUGCCAGUCCCUGAUAUAGAAGAUGUCUAGUUUGUCUAGGUCAGCUUAACUGUUAAAGCUCAUGUGCAGCCUGGGAGUGGACGUGUGGUUUUCCUGCUCUAAAUCCUUUUUUUUUUUUUAAUCAAAUAGCUUUAGUGGUUGACACAAUGGUGACAAAUCACAGCACAGCCUUUCAAAGUUAACUUCCCAUCCAUCUGACAGGUUUGUUUCUUCCACCUUACUUCCUGUGAAAAUGUGAUAUGAUCACCAUAGAAAUCCACAGUUUCUUUUACUGAAAUACUUCUAGUAUUAUUUGUAACUAAAACAGAAACAUGGCAGCAUGUCCAGAGAGGAUAUGCAAAGCUUUGAUUUGAAGUUGCUGCAUUGCAAGAGAACUCAGCCUCGACUACCAAGCUGCCCAUGACUGAACCACAAACCUUCAGCAGGAUACGUGUCCCGUCUAUGAUAAGGGGGCCUGUGGGUAACGGAGGAGAGGGGAUGUUUCCUGUAUGAUGUAAUGUUGUUAGCCUUGCUGUGAUGUGCUCACUCCCACCCACCCCAAGUAAAGAGUGUGUUAAGAAAUUGAUCCCCAAUUACAAAAGGAAACGUUACAGUAAUGGUAAAUACUUGAGCUUUGUUUUAUCAGACUGUGGGAAAACAGUGAAAUGCACGAAAACUCCCAACUGUAGACUCGCUGUUCUGUCCCUGAACUUUGUUGUAGUAAAUGAACGUGGCAAUGCGCCUUAUGUGGUAAGUCUUGAUUCGUACUGGAUGGACAAGUUCAGGUAAGAUGAGGUUUGAGGUUAGUGUGAGUGUGUGAGCGAAUGCCAGUGUGUGUGUGAUUGUGACUGAGGCUGACCUCAGGUGGGUAUAUGACUAUGUAAUGUGGGAUUUUGAAUUUAUCAUGUAAUUUCCCCCCAAUUGUCAAGGGACUGAACAGUUGAGUAAACCCAUCGAAUGCCUA